AGACCGUAAUGUAUAAUUAAUUGUUUAAGACUUUACCAACUAGGGAAAACCCGGAACGUUUAUUUUAUGUGCAGUGUUGUUGAAGUCCGGAACCUUUUCAAUGUGAAACCUGUCUCUCCAAGAAGACGUUUCAUUGGGAAACCUCAGCGGUCAUUUGGUCCAAGAGGUGUUUCUUUAUUUUAUAGUUACUUCUUGAGAAAUGACGCUUUUUCAUUUCGGGAAUUGUUUUGCCUUGGCGUAUUUUCCUUACUUCAUAACAUACAAAUGCAGUGGAUUAUCAGAAUACAACGCAUUCUGGAGAUGUGUCCAAGCAGGGGCUACUUACCUCUUUGUACAACUAUGCAAAAUGCUGUUCCUCGCUACAUUCUUUCCCACCUGGGAGGGCGGUGCUGGUGUAUAUGACUUCGUCGGGGAAUUUAUGAAGGCCACAGUGGACAUGGCAGAUCUGCUAGGGCUUCAUCUCGUCAUGUCCAGAAACGCCGGGAAGGGAGAGUACAAAAUAAUGGUGGCUGCCAUGGGCUGGGCCACAGCUGAACUGGUUAUGUCAAGGUGUAUUCCUUUAUGGGUCGGAGCUCGAGGGAUCGAGUUUGAUUGGAAAUACAUCCAAAUGAGCUUCGAUUCCAACAUCAGUCUGGUUCACUACAUCGCCAUGGCUGCAGUAGUGUGGAUGUUCACGCGGUACGACCUGCCGAAAAGUUUCCGCCUGCCGGUGACUGUGCUGCUGGGGCUCUGUGUGUACAAGGCAUUUUUAAUGGAGUUGUUUGUCCACGUGUUCCUCCUGGGCAGUUGGACUGCUCUGUUGGUGAAAGCAGUGUUAACGGGCGCCAUCUCUCUGUGCUCCCUCUUACUUUUCAUCACACUGGUUCACAGCAACUGAGGCUUUUCUUAUGUCACCACACAUUCAGGUGUUUCGUAAGAAACAUACAUGAGACGAUGUCACUGAUGUCUGUUGUAUUUUUUAUUUUGUCUUUGUAAUGAAUUAAAAUAUACAGAAAUAUCUGA